AUGGCGUAUCAGCCAUCGAUUCCAGCUCCAAGUUCGGGAUCGAGUUCGAGUUCUGGGUUUCAAUUCUUGAAUUCUCCUUUUGGGGAUACCACUUACACAAAGGUAUUUGUUGGAGGGCUAGCUUGGGAGACUCAGAGUGAGACCCUGCGGCGUUACUUUGACCAGUUCGGUGAGAUCCUUGAGGCUGUUGUCAUCACUGAUAAGAACACUGGCCGAUCCAAAGGCUACGGUUUUGUGACUUUCCAGGACCCCGAAUCUGCCAGGAGAGCAUGUGCUGAUCCAACUCCUAUUAUUGAUGGUAGGCGGGCUAAUUGUAACUUGGCUUCACUUGGACGACCCCGGCCUGUUAUACCUUUUGGACGUCUUAGAUCACCAACGCCUUACCUUGGAGCUGUGCCAGCUGCUCGAGGGGCUUAUAUUGGAAGUUUUGGUCACCAACAAGCAGCCUCUCUCAGCUAUCAACAAGGAUAUAUGUAUCCUCCAUAUGGGUAUGCAGCAUAUGGUCCAGAGUAUGUCUACCCACAGGGUGUCUAUAACCCUUAUGUGAAUCAGCAGUACCUUCACAUAUAUGGCGUACCGGGAACAGUUAACACGGCUAUGUAUCCAUACAGCCAAUUGGGUCAGACUGUUCCCGGCAGUCAUGGUUACACAACGUUGCAGGGCUAUGCUGUGCCUGGUCAUCAGAUUAUGCAGUUUGGUGGGCCCAGUGUCAAUGCAAUGACAACUUCAUCUGUACCAACUAUUCAAGCACCAUAUCUUGCAGGUGUGGCAGCACCUGCUUUAGCACAACCACCGUUUAUGCUUCCUGCUCGUUCUCAGUUCAUGCAAGGCAGUGGUUCUGACCAAAAUGCUGGGUACACAAUUCUUCUCUUGCCCAUUGCAUAUGCAGUCUGCGAUUUAAAGUUUGUCAUCAAGGCAAUGGUGAAGGAAAAAAAACCUUUGGUCAUACAUAAUCAUGCUCACCAGAUAAGUCAUAUGUUUGAGUCGCACCUGAUGGUCGAGAAAGGAACUUGGAAGGUGCGAAUUGCACUUUCUUUUCUUCACUAUUGUGUAUUUAAACCCUCGCAUUCUACCGGUGUUCUGGAUGACCGGUGGAGAAUCAUGCAUUGAUGGAUGCUGGAAUCGGUUUCUAGCACCCAUGUAGGAAUAAAACUCUGUAAAAAUUCAUGUUAGAAUCAAAAUAUGAUUCUUUUAUAGUCAAGUCCCAGCAUUCUGGGUGUGUAUGUAGUCCUGGUGCUGUAUGUUGGUUGGUCCAACAUUGUAAUUUAAAUGUCAUUUGAGUCCCAUGUAUAACAGUAGCUGCAGUUCCAUUUAAUCGCAAUUCUGUAAACUGGCUUAUAUUGAGAGCUGGCUUCAAAGUAUGAAAAAAGCUCCAUAUUUUAUUCUGGCAAAAGGUGGUAUUUUUUGUGUUUACAUUUGUGG